AUGGAGCCUGCAUGGAAAGAUAUAGAUGACCAAAACAUUCACAUUGAUACCACCAGCGAAAACCGCUUAAAGAAGCUUUCCAAAGACCAACAAGAGCUUACAGGCACAGAAUACACACAAAAACUCAGAGACCUUUAUUCUCAAAUGCACCAUACUUCAUGGCUGUCUUCCACAGCUUCAGAUUCCUCAGCUAUUUCUAAGCUUCUAAAGACAGCCAAACCAAUUUUAUCCAACAAAACCCCUCACUUGCUCCCUACCAUCCUCGAUAUUUCCCAACUUCCUCAUGCAAAUGCCCAAAAUUACUCAAAAUCCUGCAUAAAUGCAUUGGAAUUCCAAGGAACCACCCUUUUAUCAGCUGGAAAAGACAAAAGAUUGAGGAUUUUUAACGUGGAUGGGGUUGAUAAUCCUUUACAAGCUGUGGUUUACAUGAAGGACUUGCCUAUUUCUUCAGCUCAUUUUUGUGAUACCUCUAUAUAUCUAUCAGGUUCCAGGCCUUAUUUUUAUGAAUAUGACGUGCCGACUGAAAGACUGCAUAGAAUUUCCCAUAUAAUUGGCUAUGAAAAAGAACAGCUGGGGAAAAUGGCUGUUUCACCUGAUAAUAGAUUUGUGGUGUUUUUAGGUGUUAAUGGAAAAGUGAUGUUUAUAUCAACUAGCUCAAAUAAAUUAUAAGGCUUAAAAAUGUAUAUAUAGAAAGCCUGCAGCUAAUUUUAAGAAAAAUUUAUAGAAAUAAUUUAAUAUUUACCCAAAAAAUUUCAUAUAUGAGGGUUUAUUAUUUGAGUUCAAAAUGAACCAGGAUGGCCACGCAUUAACAUUUUUAGACGAAAAUACCCUUUUAACUGGUGGAGAUGAAGGCGAAAUAUAUUUAUGGGACAUUUCAAUGAGAAGAUGCAUCAGGAGAUUCUGCGACGAAGGUUCCACUAAAAUCACCUGCAUGUCAACUUGUGGAGACUAUUUAGCAACUGGCUCCACAAAUGGUGUAGUAAAUCUUUAUAACACAAAAAAUGACGAUUUUUCAUUACCAAGCCCACCUCCUAUAAAAUCAGUAAUGAAUUUAACGACUGCUAUAGACGGUGUUACCUUUAACCACAAUGCAGAAAUUUUGGCUAUGUAUUCCAGAUGGAAAAGAGACGCUGUAAAACUUUUGCAUGUGCCAAGCCAGACUGUGUUUUCUAAUUGGCCAGGCAUUAGAGAUCAUAUAAAAUAUCCGAUGUCUUUAGCAUUUAGUUCAAAUAGUGAGUUAAUGAGUGUUGGAAAUGAUGAAGGAGUCGCGCUAUUAUAUAGGCUUAACCAUUAUGCGAAUUAA